AUGGGAGCCGGAGGGGUCGCGGGGCUGCUGCUGGUUACACUGCUGAUAAUGCCUGGAACUGGAGCAGAGGACUGCGGGGAGGGAGAAUACUUACAUGAAGGUCACUGCUGUGUAUCUUGUCCAGCAGGUACUUAUGUUGCUCAGCACUGCAGUACUCCGCAUUCAAGAGGAAGCUGCGUCCCUUGCACCGAAGGAGAGGGUUAUACCGCUCAUGAGAAUGGCUUGGAAGAAUGCUUGCCAUGCAGACAGUGCAAAGAGGAUCAGAUAACUCUGAGACCCUGUACUCUGACGCAUGAUACUGAAUGCCAAUGCAAACAAGGGUAUUUCUGCCCUGCUGAGGGCUGUGAAAUAUGUCUGAGAUGCAGUACAAUGUGUCCGGAAGGGAAAGAAAUUGUGCAGAAUUGCAAUGCUACCAUGGACCUAGGAUGUGGCUUACCUGAUCAAGGAAGCACAGCUCCUGUUUGGAUUAUUGUGAUUAUUUUGGCUGUUGUUGGUGGAUUGUUGCUAUUCUUUGUAAUUAGAAAGCUGAAGAGUGAUAAAGCUGCUUCAACUGAUAAAGAUGCAGAGAAAGGCCUGGAGUCUGAGGGCAGUACUGAAAGCCUCAUUUCACCAGAAGUGGAGACACCUGCAAAUAACGGAGCCAACCCAGAGGGUGAGAACUCUGGUGAGAGCCCAGAGGGCCAAGUGCAAACCAACAUUAACCUGGAAGUAAAAAACACAUCACCAGAGGAAAACAGUGUUGCGCUUUCUGAGUGGGGCACCAUCCUGCGCAGGGGCUGGAGGCGCUACAUGAAAAGGUGCUGGAGGAGGAUGGCUGAGUCUUCACUACCAGCAAAAACUGGGCAGAAUCCUGCUUUUCAUCAGAAUGCCCCAUCUAAUGUACCAAGUGGUAGGAUGCCAGCAAAUCGUGUGGUACGAGAACCAAAGUGUCGAAUAAUUGUUAAAGAUCUCUCUCAAAAAGAACUGAGAGAGAGCUUUUGGGCCUUUAUAAAUGAAGUACCACCAAAAAAAUGGAAGCGGCUUAUGAGAACUCACCUGCAGGAAAAUGAUAUUGUUAAAAUUAUUUAUGACUUUCCUAAUGAUAUAGAAGAGCAAUCUUAUCAGAUGCUUCUCACCUGGAAAAACACACUGGGAGAGAAACAGUCUAUUAUUAAGUUACUGGAUGAGUUAAGGUAUCUAGAUACCAAGGCUUAUGAUAACGUAUUGAACACUUUAAAAAGUAAUAAUGUUAUAAGUAAAUUAGAAGCUACAGAUUAAUGUUUACGAUGAACUUCAAAAAUACUUCUGUGUACAUAUAUAUGUCUACAAACUUCCUGUAAAUGAGGACAUCAACAAACUGCUAGUAAAAGUGAUGGCGUGGACUUGAUAUCCUCCUCACCUUCACGCAGGGAGCUGGAAGUGAUUUAACGCUGUCGGUGUUAACACGGACUCCAGCUGUGAUGUUCACUAAGGUCUUUUGAGUUGUAUGAUAUUAAACUCAGGUGCCAGUUGCCAGCUUGAGAGCGAGGAGCUCCAGCUCACACUUCCCUGCGUGUGAGGCACAACCGUGCUGUUCGAGCCCAGGUGGUGGGAACGAAGAGGCUGCUGCUGUUUUUGAGAGGAUUGCAAUGCUUUGGCUUCUGAAACGAUUGUGGUUUUUUUUGUGUGCUCAGAACUGUUAUGUUUGGACCACUGCAAUAAAAGCCCGGUUGAGCCAG